UGAAAGAAACAUGCUCUCCUUAUUCACUUCCCUUCUACAUAUUUCUCUCUCAAGCUAAGCUCGUUCAUGCCAUCUUCAUCAUUAUUCCUCUGAUUUUGCUGCAUGCUUUUUCUAUUCAUCAACAUAACUUUCAGAUCCAUCAUCACCUUGGUCUCUUGUAGCUACAAUAUAAUUUAGUUUAAUGGAUUUAGAGUUUGAAUAUCAAGAGGAGUACUGGAGAAAUUCAAGAGGAAUGCAACUCUUUACAUGCAAAUGGUUACCUCUAUCUUCUCCAAAGGCUCUUGUCUUCCUUUGCCAUGGGUAUGGCAUGGAGUGCAGUCGCUUCAUGAGAGAAUGUGGAGUAAGGCUAGCUUGUGCGAGGUACGCCGUGUACGGUGUGGAUUAUGAAGGACAUGGAAAAUCCCAAGGUGCCCGUUGUUACAUCAAGAAAUUUGAUAAUAUUGUUCACGAUUGCUUUGACUUUUUCAGCUCAGUCACCAGGCUUGAAGAGUACCGUGGAAAACCCAGGUUCUUGUAUGGGGAAUCCAUGGGAGGGGCUGUGGCCCUACUUUUGCAUAUGAAGCACCAUUCUUUUUGGGACGGUGCCGUUCUUGUUGCACCCAUGUGUAAGAUAUCAGAGAAGGUGAAACCACACCAGGUGGUGAUCAAUAUACUGACUAAAGUAGAAGAUAUAAUUCCCAAGUGGAAGAUCGUCCCCACUAAGGAUGUCAUCAACUCAGCCUUCAAAGACCCUGCCAAACGAGAAAGGAUAAGGAAGAACACGCUGAUAUACCAAGAGAGGCCUCGGCUGAAAACAGCACUAGAGAUGUUGAGAACAAGCAUGAGUAUUGAGGAGAGUUUAUACAAAGUGACACUGCCAUUCUUUGUGUUGCAUGGCGAAGCAGACACAGUGACUGACCCUGAUGUGAGUGGGGCAUUGUAUGAGAGAGCAAGUAGCAAAGACAAGACCAUCAAACUCUACCCUUCUAUGUGGCAUGGUUUGACUUCUGGUGAGCCUGAUGACAACAUCGACAUUGUCUUUGAUGACAUCAUUACGUGGUUAGACACACACAAUACCAAUAAUCUUGCAUCGUCCCAUUCUACUCUUCAACCCUGUGCUACCACCGCUAAUAAGACGACUACUACUAGCAGUGUUCUCCAUAAAACACACAUCAUCAAGAGGAGGAGAAGCUAUCUCUGUGGGUUGAAAAGACGCAAUUCCCUGCACCAUUCUGCAACUUAGACUAAAUCCUUGUUCUACCUUUCAAUAUAUGUGAUCUGUAUGUUAAUAA